UGAACACGCGAAUGUGUGUGUGACGAAGAGCAAAGUGACACAUAGUUGGAGGUGUGGUUGAAAAUAUAUAGAAAUCGGGCUUUAUCUGCGGCUGGAACGAUCUCAAAUUGGUGUCAAAGACGAGCGAGGAUCGCAACUCAAGAGCUUGAACAGGCAGCAAGGCAAACGGACGAGCAGCGACCAUGGCAGGCAGGCUACCGGCGUGCGUAAUCGAUGUGGGCACCGGCUACACCAAACUGGGCUUUGCCGGCAACAAGGAGCCCCAGUUCAUCAUUCCCUCGGCGAUUGCCAUCAAGGAGUCGGCCCGAGUGGGCGACACCAACACAAGGCGCAUCACAAAAGGCAUCGAGGACCUGGACUUCUUCAUCGGCGAUGAGGCCUUCGAUGCCACCGGCUACUCUAUUAAGUAUCCGGUGCGUCAUGGUCUGGUGGAGGACUGGGACUUGAUGGAGCGUUUCCUCGAGCAGUGCGUCUUCAAGUAUCUGCGCGCUGAGCCCGAGGAUCACUACUUCCUGCUGACCGAGCCGCCGCUAAAUACGCCCGAGAACCGGGAGUACACGGCAGAGAUUAUGUUUGAAACGUUCAACGUUCCCGGUCUGUACAUCGCUGUCCAGGCUGUGCUCGCCCUGGCCGCCAGUUGGGCCUCCCGAUCCGCCGAGGAGCGCACCCUCACAGGCAUCGUGGUGGACAGCGGCGAUGGAGUGACGCACGUCAUACCCGUGGCCGAGGGCUACGUGAUUGGCUCCUGCAUCAAGCACAUCCCCAUUGCCGGCCGCAACAUCACCUCGUUCAUCCAGAGCCUGCUGCGCGAACGCGAGGUGGGCAUUCCGCCGGAACAGAGCCUCGAGACUGCCAAAGCGAUCAAGGAGAAGCACUGUUACAUCUGUCCGGAUAUCGCCAAAGAGUUUGCCAAGUACGACACGGAGCCGGGCAAGUGGAUACGCAACUUCACGGGCGUCAACACGGUGACCAAGGCGCCGUUCAACGUGGACGUGGGCUACGAGCGCUUCCUGGGGCCCGAGAUCUUCUUCCAUCCGGAGUUCUCUAACCCCGACUUCACCAUUCCGCUGUCGGAGAUAGUGGACAAUGUCAUCCAGAACUGCCCCAUAGAUGUGCGGCGUCCGCUGUACAACAAUAUUGUCCUGAGCGGUGGGUCGACGAUGUUCAAGGACUUUGGCAGGAGGUUGCAGCGAGAUAUCAAACGAUCGGUGGACACGCGCCUGCGGAUCAGCGAGAAUUUGUCCGAGGGACGCAUUAAGCCAAAACCAAUUGAUGUUCAGGUGAUUACGCAUCACAUGCAGCGAUAUGCCGUGUGGUUCGGAGGCAGCAUGUUGGCCUCAACGCCCGAGUUCUAUCAGGUGUGUCACACGAAGGCUGCCUAUGAGGAGUAUGGCCCCAGCAUUUGCCGUCACAAUCCCGUCUUCGGUACCAUGACAUAAUUGAUCCGAUCCAAUCGGCCCGCAGCAAUUAUUAUUGAUUUAUUCUUCUAUUUUAAAUUUGAUUUGUUCUCCAACUAUAUAUAUUGCGAUUAUGUAUUCCGCGCUAAAGUAUUAGUAAUGAUCAUUUUCUACCUAUGUGCUUAGCUCUUAAAUCUGUGUAAAUCACUUUCGUUCCCUUUAAUUUCGUGUGAUUCUGUUAGGCUAACUUUAAAGCAACAACUCCGAUGUCUGCCAGUUAAACCCCGCUAAUUAAGGUGCAUUAUUUCUAGAAGUCGACUUUUAUACCAUACUCGAACACGAUCACACACAGUCACAUCAAACUAAGCUCUUGGAAGUCCCAGCUCUAUACACAAUUAUAUACGAAAAAGAUCUACUUGUCAUAGAAAUAUUUAUAAUUGCAAUAACUGCAAGAAAGGUUUAUAGAGGGAGAAACUGGAAACCGCAGAAAACUGAAUGAACAAAAAAGGAAAACGAUAAGAAAUAUUGAUGAGAAAUCUGUUUGUUAUAUUGAUAAGCGUAAUUGAAAAGGCAUUAAAUAAAUCAAUAAAACACUCUUUAAGCUCAAAA